GUGGGCUGGUCAAAUUGCGUGGCGUAAACUCAUGGCAUGCGCGUGCAAGGGAACACGUUGUACCGAGACAAUUCACGUGCAACCGCCUCCUUCCUCGCGCGCGCCCGCCCGCACGCGUAAAAAAAAAAAUAAGGUAGAAACUCUGACACAACCACACGUCGUGUCAGCACAACAACAUGACCCAGAAGCACCGUGUGCACUUUUGAACCUGAGGGGGAGCAACGAGUGGCAGGCAGCCGCAGAAGAACAGGAGUCGAGGCCCCUCCUCUUCCACAGAAAUGUUUACCUCGCCGCCGGAGGAGGAGCUGCUGCUGGGCGCCUGCUGCUGACUGCGCACGCCCCGCCAAGAAACUUUUCAACGGGGGUGGUUUUCCUGGAAAGUUGGGGGGUUCUGCAACCGAUCCGAAAAAGUAAAGGCGGAGUUCUUGUACGGGAUAAAGGGCGAGGAAGUCCUGCUUUGUUUGAGCCAACGCAGCAUUUGCUGUGCGCAAACAGGGAACUUGACAGACUUUGCUGAACUCUCCUUUCUGGAUUCCCUUCCAUACCUUGCUUCUCAUAUCGUGUGAGCAUUUGGCACGAGUUCAAAUGAAGGGAUCAGUGUAAAACCGUAUGUAGGCGGUGAGACACUGCAAGAUUUAUGACAUGAGUAGGAUAUUUUUGUUGAGGAGAGGCGUGGUGCACCUAUUGCCUGCUUUGAAAUGCUCCUGCAACGUGAAAUUCCCAUGUUUAAAAAUGUGCGCAGCUUUAUUAUUUGAGGAAACCCCCAGUCUCGUGGGUAGUUAGAGUCAUGUGCAAAUAAAGUUCAGGUAAGCACCUAUCAUCAUGGGUGGCAUAACUUUGUCUUAAUCACCUUUUUUAUUACAAACAGCCCUGGAGAACAACAUGUAUCCAAUUGUUGUUCACACAGUUCCUAACUGUUGCAUUGCUCAAUCCCUGCUCCCCCACAGCCAAGUAAUAUUUUCUAGGAACUUCACUCAUGAAUGAACCACCCAUUGCACUAGAGGCUGCUUUUUUUUCUUUUGAGUGGGGUCUUGUUACACUUCCAAGUGGACUAUCAGCAUUGCAGCCUCUCUGUAAGUGUAUUUAUAGGAUCUUAAAUGUGCAUUUAUUGUCAUUCGAAUAGCCAAACUACUUCCCCCUAAAGUUAGUGCUUUAUAAUACAUGCAGCCGAAUUGUGAGCCUUUUUAUGGAGCUCAUUUCUGUAAAAGGCCACGAGUUAUUAUGAGCACACAUUUACUGGUUGAACACAUAUUAAAUGGACUAUGUGAUUGUGGUUUGACACUGUCGCAAUCAUCAGCUGUCUACUUCAAUGUUAGUUUGUGAAAAAAACAUCACAUGGUGCGAGAGACAAAGACCUGACACCAGACUCCACUGUUAAACCCUGAGAGAGCGUUCAGAGGUCCAUCAAGGAUAGUGUGUUGACUCAAAGAAGAAAUAUAACUGACGCCUUAUUGAAAGAGCAUAAUUGAAUGAGUGGGAAUACUGGCUUUGCAGGAUUAAGAAACACAUUAAGCUUGGGUGGCUCAUGCAUCACUUCAUAGAAAAAAGUAUGAGUCAUUGAAGAUUGUCUCAUUCCUGUCUAGAUUUAGCCAUUGAAUAAUUUUCCUGAGUCGAGACUGUAAUUUGACCAUCUAUUAUGGAAGAAGCCUUUUAUUUUUGCAAUGCUUACUUUACUAACUUUAACACACUUCUAGUUGAUAGAUCAUUAAUAGAAGGUAUAACUCUUCUUUUACUCUGGUUACAUAAGCGACUAUGGUACUCAUAAAACAAUAACUAACUAUAUAACUUCUGAUGCAUAGCGUGUCUCAUUUUGCUUCUGUAACUAGUAAUCAUCAACGACCCCAUAAAAUACAAAAAUUAAACUUUUAUAAUGAAUCUUAUGAAACCUGUACAUCAUGGGCUACAACUGAGAGAAAAAAAAAACUAGGUUAUACAAUGAAAAAGGGGGACUGACCCCUCACACAGUAUCAAGUGAGUGAACAUCAGUGUUAUAGAGUUCAAGUGUAGCUUUGGGGACAGUUGAGGACUGCGCUAAAUUGGGAUCAGAGCACAUAUGUGAAACGGGGACACGAGGGAAACCUGUCUCUUAAGCAGCAUGGGUCACAGAGGGUGUGCUGGUUUAAACAAAACAAAACACAUCUCUCUCUCUCUGUCUCUCUCACUCUCUUUCUCUCUCUGGUGUGAUCCCCUGCUCUGUUUGACGCCUCUAUCAAAUUGAACCAUCAGUUUAAUUAAAAUUCACAUUGAAGUAUCUAGAUGAUUGCCUAAAAGCUGGUGUUCACGACAGCUGCUGCAUUAUUGUCUACCGCAUGUUGCAUGCAUGGCUUGACCUUCACUGAUGGACACCUGCAGAGCAACUUAUGUUGAAGCUGUAGGCGGGACAUCCGGCAGCAAGGCGGUACUUGGUUUCUUAGAAACCAUAAAACACCCAAAAAACAAACUACAGACUCUGCAAACAACCGAACAAAACACAUCCCUGUAAGCUCUGUCUGUCAGGUUGCCUUGGUGAAUUGAUGUUUUUCAUUUGCUGGUAUCUCACUGUAAAGGCAGGACUGCUGCUGUUUGGCAAACUUGUGGUCUAUUGUCGUUUCUCUUGUCUUUUGUCUCGCCCACGAUGAAUUUUCCCUUUCCUGUGUAUCGCGUGACCUUGUCAAUGGGUCAAAAUAGAUGCAACCCCUCAAUGUAACAAUAAGCAUGUUGAUUUACAAUUACGCAACCACAUCAUACGCUGUGUACUGUCCUUGUGAAAAAAUAGGGAGAGAAAAAGAGGAAAAAUAAUACAAUGAACAGGCUUCCGCAGUAAACAGCCUUCUCCAGCAUGAGGCAACACUGUGGGCCCGGGGGCGUGGCAAACCGGGUUCAUGUAAGGAUUCUGCGAUGCUGCAUUUGGGUGUCUCUUCAGGGUCUGUCGUAAAUUUGAGAUGCAUUUGUCAGGAAGGAUGCAAGGAGAUGUGGUAAUGAGAAAAAUAGAAAUCCAAGGUAUGCGUGUCGUUUUUACCAUGGUGUAAGUGAGAUAAAACGAGCACAGUUGGUAUAUUUAUCAGAUUUCUCCGGUUUGUUCGUGAAGGCAUGUCGAUACAUAUUCGACAAGAGAUUUCUUUUCAGGGUAGUAAUUCAUUGAAGGGUCUGUUUUGUGCACAAGCUUGUGGUAUAUAGAGGACAUUCGAUGAAAAUGAUCAUUUUGGCAUGAAAAAGGAUUAUUUGCAUUAAACAUAAUGCAUUAAAACUUUACAUAUCAAUAUAAAUCUAUGGUAACAGUUCAUGUUCAGUAGCCUUUCAUUUUUCUAGUGACAGCAGGAUAUGAGAGUCUGGUUUUUAACCUGUUUUUGAAACUGUAAAUCCAACACUUUAUUUUCAGAGUGAUACAUCAAAGGUUAUUACUAUGUCAACUAACUCGUCACUCCUAUUAGGAUGGUCCAUGAAUUUUACUUAAGACUUGUGGAAAAGUAGAUACAGGGUAUGUAUAAAUUUGAUUCACAUCAGUAAGAAAUAUUUUAAUAUUUAUUUUAGGAGUGAAACCUAUUGAUCCCCAUCCAAUUGCAUCCUUACCGACUGCUUAAUAUACAGGUGAAAUAUGUUUUUUUAUAUCAACUAACUCGUGACUCUAAUUAGGAAGGUCCAUGAAUUGUACUUAAGACUUGUGGAAAAGUAGUUAAAGGGUGUGUAUAAAUUAAUUUCACAGCAGAAAUAAAUAUUUUAAUAUUUCUUUUAGGAGUGAAACCUAUUGAUCCCCAUCCGACUGACUCCUUCCCGACUGCUUUAUAUACAGGUGCAAUAUGUUUUUUAUAUCAACUAACUUGUCAAUCUUAUUAUAAUGGUCCAUGAAUUGUACUCAAGAGUUGCGGAAAAGUAGUUAAAGGGUAUGUAUAAAUUUAUUUCACAUCAGAAAGAAAUAUUUUAACAUAUAACCUAAACUUUUACAUCGUUGGUUUUAUUUCUCAAAAUUUAUUGUAUUUUUAAUUGUGUUUUAUACAUUUUAUUUUCUUCUUUUCCUUGCAUGGCACCCGUAAAAGUGUGUUAUAAAUAUAAUUUAUUUUUAUUAAAUUUAUUAAUAUUUAUUUUAUGAGUGAAACCUAUUGAUCCCCAUCCAGUUACCUCCUUACCGACUGGUUGAUAUACAGAUGCAAUAUGAUUUUAUGUAUCACUAUACUUCUACGAUCCAAAUCACUAUGUAUGUCUAUUGUCCCACUUUUAGUGAAAUCAAUUAUGUUCAAUUUUGUCUAAUUUUUACUCCAACGUUCAAUAUUAAUCUAUUUUUUAAUCGUCUGAUGUAUAUCGGACAUUGUUACUUAUAUUUCGCAGCCAUUACUAGUCCCUGAAUGCAGCACCAAUCUGAUCCCGCCCUCUUUUUGUCUCUUCCUGCUGCUGAUUGGCUCAACUAUCAAUCACUCAGCCAUGUAUAGGCAAUUCUAUAAAGCGAGUCAUGUUUUCUCCCAGCCAAUCACAGCCCUGUUUUUUCGUGACACCGUGGGAUUCCGCGAAAUUGUUUCUUGGAGUUCGAGCUGGGCUGCCCACAGUAAAAUAGGACAAGUUGACGCAUGUGUGGCAGGCGGCGCACAGAAAGGCGGAAUAAACGGCAGACACAGUUGCUGAGGAAAAAACGCGCUCGGUUUUGUUGUUGAAGAAAAGAACUUCGUGGAGAGGGAGAAAGAUAGAGAGAGAGAGAGGAGGGUGAAGAAAGAACCGAGAGCGAUUCCGUCUGCUAUCUUUCCCGUGGGGGUGUUUAUUUCUCCACCCUGCAACCUGAACGAGAAAACGCAGCCUUUGCGGAAUAGUCACAUUGAAGACGACACGUGUGGAUGGUUAACCACAUGUUUCCUGGGAGGACUGCAGGCUGAUCACUUUAACUAACAAUCGGAUCGGAUUUUUCUAUGAGUAGAAAUCUCUUUUAGAUAAACUGCCUCUUUUUCUUCAUCUGCUGAAGUGAUGUCGGAGGUCGAGCUGUCUGCAGACUGUGUCCCCAGCCGACCACCGGGUCGGACAGAGGACAUGCUGAAAGAGACACCGGAGAACAGGACGUUACUUAUGGUGGCUAUGAUUCUGUUGGACUUGAACAAAUGCAGCCCUAACGCUGCAGGAGGAGGUGGAGGAGGAGGUGGCAAAUGUCUCGGUGGCAGUGAUGCCGGCUCGGUGGAGAAGGUGGACCGGGGGAGUUGCCGGUUGAACCCGGGGGACAACCAGAGGGGGUCGGUGGCACCUACUAAACAGUCCCGGAACAAGAGGGCGGCGGCGGCGGUGGUGGCGGAGGUGGUGUCCACAAGACAGGAGUGUCCCGAGAAGAGACACUGCUGUCCUUUUACGGGCUGUGGGAAGAUGUACGGCAAAUCGUCCCACCUUAAAGCCCACCUUAGGGUGCACACCGGUAAGUGGUGGAUCUUUACGCACGAUCAAACUAAGCCUGUACUUGUCUCUGUUGACUACCUGAGGCGAUUUCAGUAAGAUUCAUGGUGGCAUCUCGACUUGGAAUAAAAGUUCAGAGGGAAAUCGAACAUAAUGACCCCUGAUGUGACAGUAUAACAUAACAAGAGUUAAGAAAAAAACUCAUGUUCCUGUAAUGAAUAACAGAUUAUAGGAAAGGCGGUCCUGUGAAAUUUGCCCCUUGCUGGGGGGUGUGACUGACGGGGCCCAUAAUGAGCCAGGGGCAGAAGGAGGAGGAUGAGGGUGGGGUUGGGGGGGAGUUUGUGUGUCGAGAUCAUGGGGGGGUUGCUGUGUUUUAAUGCGUUGUUGACACGCACUCAUAGCGAUCUAGGAACACCGCGUGCCGCCGCCCAUAUUUGCGAUCCAUGUUAGAUAUGGUUAAGAUGUGAGCAGACAUCCACGGACACGACGAGACACGGUGUCAUCCGAAUAACACUCAUCAUCAUCAUCAUCAUCAUCAUCAUCAUCAUCAUCACCGAUCAACAUCAGAUUAAUAUCCGUUUAUCGCAAUAAGAGCGGCUGACAGUGAGGUAAACGGCGACAUGUUGGCUUAUGAUUCACUUGCAGGUCACUGCGACACAGUUGUCCCCACAUGUUCUUGUCCUGAGAUAACCCUCUCUGCACCACUAUUUCCUCAUACGUCAUUCUCCUCCACCCCCCUCACGUCGGGUUGUAAACAAGGGCAGGCAUGUGGUUCAAUGGAGCACGUGCAGGAGGAGAAAGAGGAGGGGGGAGCCAUGAGUUUCUUUUUUUUUUUUCUUCUCCCCCCUUUUUUUCUUAUACUCUCCUAUCGUGAGUCACUAUUUCUAAAUCAAUAUGCUCUGUUAUUGUUCGAAGAAGUAGUUGUUUACACAUGCCUUCUCAAAUUUUUAGAUUUUCCAUGAACUAAACAGAAACCAGAAGCUCUUUGUAAAACGACACUCUGCUGUCAACCAUGAUUAUGUAUCUGCUCAUUUUGUUUUAUUGCCAGACCCUCUUUUGCCAAGGAUUAAGAGUUUGCAUGCAUGAAUUGCAAGUGUUGUUCUGGAAAUAGACUCUUAUCUACAUUUUGGAAGUUAUAUACCCAGAGCCAGCCCAAGCUUCAAUGGGGACCUAAGCAAAAUUAGGUUUUGGGGCCCUCUAUUUCUGCCAAUAAUAUUGAUUGUUGGCAUAGACUGUAUAUAGAAACAAACAAAAUAUGUGUUGAUUUUCAUUUUAGAGUGUGUUAACAGGUUUAGACCAUAGACUGUAUAUAGAAUGGACGCCAUCUGCCUCCUCACUGGGUGAAGCCACUCUGAGAACAGCACCCUCUAGUGAUGGGCUGCAGUAUAGGUCAUAAAUUUAUGGAGCUGUGGACAAACUUUAGAGAUUUAUUACACAGAACAUAAAUUUGUUCUCCCCCCUGAUAGCGGUGUUGACAUGUAGUUACUGUAAAGGUCCUUACACACCGGGGCCGACACGAAUAUAGAGCGCGAAAGUACGAAAUAUUCGAAGGCGAAUUUUGGCGCACCUGACUAUACAUAUCAAGCCCGAUGCGAUUUUGCGACUUUACGGGGGAAAGAGACGCAUCCCGGGGAAAGUCCCGCCUCCUUCGCCUCUGAUUGGCUAGAAAAGCUGGAAACGUCAUUAUGUGCUCAAGCCAAACGGUCAGUACUUAUAGCCAAUCAGAGGCGAUAAGAUACUAUGGUAACAACUGUUAGCAUACGUUAGCACAGAUGAAAGUUAAAACCAAGAUGUUUAGCAAACCAUUAAAGCACACAAACUAUUGUCAUAUGAGAAAUCCGACGCUAUGAGUCUCCACAAGUUGUCCUUCAGGUCGUUAUCUUCGUAAUAUUUGUGUCUUUUAUCAAAAAGCACUUUGUUCUCCGACACAUAAACAAUCAGCCGGUCGGCCAUGUUGGAUAUACUGGUGAAUCUGACGUUACAACAACACGCAAUCUGAUUGGUCAGAAGUGGACACACAGUAUGCGAAACUUUAGAAAAAUUGACCGUGAUCCGAAAAAUGGGAUACGCUGUUUGAGUCAAGUGUCACCACAGCAACUCUCAGUGACUCGGUGAUGCGUACAAUGCUACUGCGCAAUGUUGAUUUCAGGAAAUGAAGAAAAAUAACGGAAAUACCGAGAGCUUUUAGGCUCCAAAUCCUUACACUGACGGGAGGCGGAACCAAGUUGUCCAUAGUACAUACAGUCUAUGAUUGUUGGUCAUUCACACACCUUCAUAAAUCUCUUUGAUUAACAGUCCAUGACAUGCAAACAUACCUUUAUCUCGACGUUAUUUCUCUUCUUCCUCUUUCUUUUCUCUGCUCCUGAAGGAUAUGUCCCUUUUUGUGACAUUGUUUUGCCCCACAACUACCUGCACUUUGACAUAUCGGCAGUAAGAAUAAUAGGCCUUCAUCAGCAGCAACACUAAAAUGUUUUUACUUUAUUUUAUUUUAUUUUUACAACAAUAUAUAUUUGAGCAUACAGAAAGCAUCACCCAUGCAUGCAAAAAAAUAAAUAAUAAUUUUCUUUUUAUUUUGAUUGCUCUUGGGGGGCGCUUAGUUCGCUUAUGUCUUUGGCCGGCUCUGUAUAAACCUUUAGAACUACUGACUACGACUUUUUUUCUUCCUCUUUUUCUCAGCAUAAACAAAGAAAUGCAUGACUUCCAUUUGGGCUCUCUGGGAUCACCCACUUUUAAUAAGAGAAAAAUUCCACUGAAAUUGAGCUCUCUAGGGCCCAGUUGUUGCCAAACCAAACCAGCAAGUCAGCAUGGUGGAAAACAGAAAUAUAUUUAAUUAUUCUGCAAAUAAGUUUGCUGUAAACAAAAGAAAAGUGAAAAAUAGUAUUCACUACUGGACCAGGAUUCAAGCUUAGCUGUCAGUAAUAAACCAUUACCAUUGAAUGUUGUUCAGGAAGUGUUUCCAUUUUAAAAAUUUCACAUUACAUGGUUUUAAUAAAGAAUAAGGCAGCAGAAUAAUAUUAAAGGAAGCCAUAUCAAUAUUAUUAUUGUUUCACAAAUAAGCAUAAACAGCACGGUCUGUUGGUCCCAAAACAAUAAGAAGGCAAAACAAUAUCAGCAAAGCACAAGGGGUUAAGGUCGAAGCUUAUAAUGCAGUUCAAGGAAAGUCCUUGAAAGUUUACUGAUAAAAAUGUGUGUGUGUGUGUUUCCUCAGGUGAGCGCCCCUUCGAGUGUACCUGGCCAGACUGUGGCAAGAAGUUCUCCCGAUCAGAUGAGCUGACACGUCACUACCGCACACACACGGGCGAGAAACGCUUCAACUGUCCUCUGUGCGACAAGUGCUUUAUGAGGAGCGACCACCUGACCAAACAUGCGCGGCGACAUGCAGGCUUCCAUCCCAGCAUGCUUCAGGGUUGCGGCACGGCCAAGAGACGCCGCUGCUCUGUGUCCGUGUCCUCCUCUGACUCCGGAGACCAAAGCCCAGCUGGGGUGUGAGAACCACCCACAUACUGUACAUAUAUAUACAAAAAAAGAACAUGCAUUAAAUACAGAGUCAUGUACAAACAAAGGCACACCCACAUGUGAGGUGUGCGCACCUUUAUACAAAUCCCGUCAAGACAGAUGAAACAGCCAGACCACUGUUAAUUUAGAAAGAUGGAGGAGCAAACAAACAUUAAUAAGAACCUGACUGUAAUCAAAGCAGAACUUCCCCCUGUAAUUGCAUGAAGUGAUUGGUAUUUAUUAAGGGUUAUUUGGCUGUCAAAAGGCUCUAAAAGCUUUGCCUUGCUAUGUUUUAUUUUUUCCUGGAUCAAAGUGCAACCCCAGAGGCAUUCAUGUAUAUAUAAUUUUUUUUUUUUUUUACAAACACUACAUGUCCUCACUUUUUAGCAAUAGAAUAAUAGGGAGUGCUGGUUUGGUGAAUAUUAUUGUUGCACACAUACACUCAUACUUGUACAGAAACUCUCCUGUCCAGGACAAGGUGAAUGUACAGUAUAGCAACAGUAUUAUUAUGUAAAUAGAUUAAACAGAGUAUCAACAGGAUGGAUGAUAUACUCAGUAUACUGUAGUUAAAUGUUAUUAGAGAGUAAUAAGACAAAGAUAUUAUAUAGAGAAUAACAGAAUGUCAUAUGUUUGGUUAUGGACUCAGAUAUAUUUGUGAGCUUAUAGGUCUAGGCAGCGUGUUGAAACCUUAAUGUUUUCAAAUCAUGACACACUUUCAAAUAACUGCACCACAAUACUUUUGAAAGACCAUAAUACACACACACACUUGUUACUUUUUUUUACUGUGAGUUGUGUCAAUAGUUCAGGAAAACACAACAGGGUAAAACACAUAAAGAGUAAAGUCUCAUACUUUACUUCUUCACUUGAAGUUUCACACUUUUGGGGUUAAGAAAAUAAUAAUUCAUGUGAAGUAAACAAGGACAUCUGUGCCUUUAAGGGUUUUGUACCUGAGAGGGAAUUUCUACAUUUUCAAACUGUGGAUUAACUACCUAAAUGAACAUCAUCAGAUUCUUUAUGUUCAGUAUCAAUGACUGUCUCAUAUGCCAACAGUGCCGGUUGCUGCACAUUGAAUCAAACUUUUGUUUACUCUGUAUCUGAACUGCAUUAUUUCAGGGAAUAAUGAGGUGCACCGUCAUUUCAAGAAAAUAUCACCCCCCGGUGGUGGAGUGGAAGCACAACAUUUCUCACAACAGAAACUCGUGUAAAUGUUUUUGUGUGAUCCGUCAGAUUGAGGCACACUCUGCUGAGAAUUUUGUUUUUGAAUCAAUGAAUUACAUCAUGCAGCAUGUUUAUAUGUAUUUGUUUGGUACAAUGUUUUUUUAAUGUCUGAUAAUCUUUUAUAAUAUUAAUAAUGUCGUAUGAGGUCUUUCUCCUUCUCUACAGGAGACAGAAACAUUGUUUAGAUCAGUUUUCUUUUAUAUGUGCCACAUAAUGCAUUGCAACCCCCAGAUGUAGGGAAAGGUGAGGUGCCAUUCACCUCAUAAUACACAAACUACAAACAUUUGUAAAGUGUAUUCUGUUUUAAGUUUUUGGCAUUUUGAUGACUGUGAUUAGAUGUUGGUGCCUUUCAGGUUGAAGUUGUUACUUCUGAUGCUACUGUACCGUAUCAGGGACUGCCAACGCAGACCCACUGUUAUCGCAAUAUUCAUGACUGUGUAAUAAUUACUGCUCUACAGUUUUAACAUUAAAAUGGGUUUUCUUCUUAAAAAACCUGC